GCUGAGUUUAGUUUCUUCCAAACUGGGCCACUUCGCUUCCCAGCCCUGUCCUGAGUAAGGAAGUAGCCGCCAAGCAUCAGCGGAGCCCCGAUGAGCCGGGGCCGCGGAGCCGCUUAGCAGUCUCCCGGGACCCAGCUCCGGAGGAGCCGCAAGCAUGCACCCUGGGUUGUGGCUGCUGCUGGUUACGUUGUGCCUGACCGAGGAACUGGCAGGAGCGGGAGAGAAGAAGUCUUAUGGAAAGCUAUGUGGAGGCCAAGACUGCAGUGGGGGCUGUAAGUGCUUUCCUGAGAAAGGAUCAAGAGGGCGACCCGGACCAAUUGGAAUUCAAGGUCCAAUGGGUCCUCAAGGUUUCCCUGGCCCUCCUGGUCUAUCGGGCUUGAAGGGAGAAAGAGGCUCCCCAGGCCCUGUGGGACACUAUGGACCAAAAGGUGAUAAGGGCCGCAUGGGCGUUCCUGGCUUUCUUGGCAUCAAUGGGAUUCCGGGCCACCCUGGACAGCCAGGUCCCAGAGGACCACCUGGCCUGGAUGGCUGUAAUGGAACUCAAGGAGAUGUUGGAUUUCCAGGUCCUGAUGGCUAUCCUGGGAUUCUUGGACCACCCGGGCUUCCUGGUCUGAAAGGUUCAAAAGGUGACCCAGUCUUCACUCAGGAUGGGUUCAGAGGAAUGAAGGGGGAUCCUGGGCUUCCAGGACUGGAUGGAAUCACUGGCCCACAAGGAGCACCCGGAUCUCCCGGAGCUGAAGGACCCAUGGGACCACCAGGAUCACAAGGUCCUCCAGGCCCUCCUGGUAUCCCUGGGCCUGAUGGUAACAUGGGAUUAGGUUUCCAAGGAGAAAAAGGAGUCAAGGGAGAUGUUGGCCUUCCUGGCCCAGCUGGACCUCCACCAUCUACUGGGGAGCUGGAAUUCAUGGGAUUUCCUAAAGGAAAGAAAGGAUCCAAGGGGGAGCUAGGGCCUCCAGGGUUCCCAGGUGUAAGUGGGCAGCCAGGCUUCCCGGGCUUUGGAACUACUGGAGAAAAGGGGGAAAAGGGAAUCCCUGGUUUGCCAGGACCUCGGGGCCCCAUGGGUUCAGAAGGAGUCCAUGGUCCUCCAGGGAAACAGGGCAAGAAGGGGUCCCCAGGUUUCCCAGGGCUUAAUGCACUCCCAGGAAUUAAGGGUGAAAAGGGCAGCAUUGGCCUGCCAGGCCCAGACAUUUUCGUGGAUACAGAUGGUGCUGUGAUUCCAGGUUAUCCUGGAGACCGUGGUGUACCAGGCCUCCCAGGUCUGAGAGGAAACGAAGGCAUUAAGGGUCUGCGUGGCUCCCCUGGUGUGCCUGGCUUGCCAUCAUUACCAGGUGUCCCAGGUGCCUUAGGGCCCCCAGGACUUCCAGGCCUGAAGGGGGACCGAGGAAACCCAGGCCGCAGGACAAUUGGGCCAGAUGGCCUCCCUGGCAAAGAUAGUUGGCCUGGCCCACCAGGUCCACCAGGCCCACCAGGUCCAGCAUUAGACAGUGAAAUCCUGCACAGCAAAGAGCCAGGGAUCCCUGGUCUCCGAGGCGAACGAGGGCCAAGAGGAAACCCAGGCCUUAAAGGAGUAAAAGGGGACUCGGGUCUUUGUGCUUGUGAUGGUGGAGUCACCAACACCGGACCACCAGGGGAACGAGGCCUGCCUGGGCCACAAGGUCUCAUAGGCCUUCCAGGUCUUAAAGGAGCCAGAGGAGAUCCAGGCUCCUUGGGCAUGCAGGGCCCAGCAGGGGCUCCAGGCUUAUUUGGGCCUCCAGGUCUCAUGGGCCCCAAAGGAGAGAAGGGAGACCCGACGGUCAGCACAAAAUCAGGGAUGCCAGGGGACCGGGGUGAGCGUGGCACCCAAGGGUUACCUGGGAGCACAGGAACCCCAGGCAAAGAUGGAGCACCAGGCCUACCAGGGCUGCCCGGCCUUCUGGGUGACGGUGGACAGGGAUUCCCAGGUGACAAGGGGUUACCAGGACUUCCUGGUACAAAAGGCCCUCUUGGUCCAAUUGGAUCCCCAGGGAUUGGGCUGCCAGGACCUCCUGGACCUCGUGGCCUUCCUGGAGAUAAAGGGAUAGAUGGAUCACCAGGGCAACAAGGCCCCCGUGGGCGUCCAGGUGACUGCUGCUGCGGGGAGAAGGUCGGUAGAGGAGACUUAGACACAGAGGGAGGAGUCACCUUGCCUUGUAUUAUUCCCGGCACAUACGGUCCGUCAGGAUUCCCAGGAACUCCUGGAUUCCCAGGCCCUAAAGGGGCUCGUGGCCUCCCUGGGUCUCCAGGCAAGCCCGGAUCACGUGGAAAUAAAGGAGAGACUGGGAGUCCGGGACUGGCUCCCCUCCCUGGAUUGCCAGGGUUUCCUGGACCUCGUGGAGAAAAGGGCUUCCCUGGGUAUCUUGGGCUGCCUGGAAAGGAUGGAUUAUCUGGGAAGGUUGGAAGUCCUGGUUUACCAGGAUCCAAGGGAGCCCCUGGUGACAUCUUUGGUUUUGAAAGUGGUGCUCCGGGGGAGCAAGGCCUACAGGGAUUGCCAGGGGACAGAGGAUUUCAUGGAGACCUUGGUCUUCCAGGACCCCAGGGUAUGCUUGGAAAGGCUGGCUUGCUAGGCCCUAAAGGUGAGCUGGGCAGCCCUGGAACACCAGGACACAUGGGACAACCAGGCCCCCCAGGGUCUGGUGGUCUGUAUGGCACCAAGGGCAAACCUGGGAUCCCAGGAAUACCAGGCCCACCAGGCACCAUAGGGCAUCCGGGAAAGAAAGGCCCGAGAGGCGAGGAAGGCCUCCGGAGUCUACCUGGAAGAAAAGGUCUGCCUGGCCUGAAAGGCCUUCCUGGAUCCCCAGGGCUAAUUGGUUUGCUGGGAAGUCCAGGCUUGCCCGGGGGCACUGGGUCGCCAGGUCUCCCAGGCCCAAAUGGUGUGAAGGGCUCCAUUGGAAUGAUAGGAUUCCCAGGGGUACCAGGUCUCGCUGGUAUUCCUGGGACACGAGGAUUAAAAGGAAUUUCAGGAUCACCUGGAAAAGUGGGACCAUCUGGACAGGCUGGGAGUCCUGGUGAAAAGGGAGACAGAGGUGAUCCAGGGCCAGUUGGAACACCCAUUCUAAGACCUCCAAUGCCGAACCUUUGGCUCAAAGGAGACAAAGGCUUUCAAGGCACAGCUGGUCCAGAUGGAUCUCCUGGACGCAAAGGUGACAAAGGAAAGGCAGGCUACCCUGGGCCACCAGGCCUGCCUGGAACUCCUGGAUUUCCUGGUACCAUCAAGGGACUCCCUGGUAGGCCAGGCUCUCCUGGCUCUACAGGACUACGGGGCUUACCUGGCCUGAAAGGAUCACAGGGAAUCACAGGUUUCCCAGGAAUGAAAGGACAAACUGGUUCACAGGGUCUCCGUGGGACUCCUGGGCGCCCAGGAACAUCUGGUCUCCCAGGUUCAAAAGGAGAUCCAGGGGAAAGGGUUGAAAUUUCUGGUGUCUCUGGACCAAAAGGACAACGUGGUGAAUCUGGUUUUAAAGGUGCAAAAGGAAAAGAUGGAUUGGUUGGUGAUGUUGGUUUCCCAGGAAAAAAGGGUGAAAAUGGCAAAGUCGGUGUUUCUGGAGAUGUUGGCCUCCCUGGCCCCCCAGGUCUUCGUGGGAUUGCAGGUAUGAGAGGAGCCGCAGGAAAUCCAGGACCCUCUGGGCGUCCGGGAGCAUCUGGCCCCGUAGGACCAUCUGGCUUAAUAGGACCCAAAGGCUUCCCUGGAUUUCCUGGUUUACAUGGACUUAAUGGGCUUCCAGGCACCAAAGGCACCCAUGGCACUCCAGGAGCUAGUAUCACUGGAGUGCCUGGGUCUGCUGGUGUGCCUGGACCCAAAGGAGACAAAGGGUCCACAGGAAUUGCUAUCGGAAAUCCAGGGAAGCCGGGUCUAAAGGGUCAAAAAGGUGGUCGAGGUUUCCCAGGUCUCCAAGGCCCUGCUGGUCUCCCCGGUGCCCCAGGAAUCUCCUUGCCCUCAGUCAUAGCAGGGCAGCCUGGUGAUCCUGGGCCACCAGGCCUAGAUGGAGAACGAGGCCGUCCAGGCUCCCCUGGGCCCCCAGGUCCUCCUGGGCCAUCCUCGGAUCAAGGUGACCCCGGAGACCCUGGCUUCCCUGGAAUUCCUGGCCCUCAAGGGCCCAAGGGAGACCAAGGAAUUCCAGGUUUCUCUGGCCUCCCUGGAGAGCUAGGACUGAAAGGCAUGAGAGGAGAGUCUGGCUUCAUGGGGACUCCAGGCAAGGUUGGGCCACCUGGAGACCCAGGAUUUCCCGGAAUGAAGGGGAAGGCAGGACCAAGAGGCUUUUCCGGCCCCCGAGGUGCUCCCGGAAAAACACCAAUUGCAGAAGCCAUCCAGGUUCCUCUUGGACCCUUGGGGCUACCAGGAAUAGAUGGCAUCCCUGGCCUUCCAGGGGAUCCUGGGGUUCAAGGCCCUAUAGGCCUACAAGGCCCCAAAGGUUUACCUGGUAUCCCAGGCAAAGAUGGUCCCAGCGGGCGCCCGGGCCUGCCUGGAGCUCUCGGCGAUCCUGGUGUCCCUGGACUACAAGGCCCUCCAGGAUUUGAAGGAGCUCCAGGGCAGCAAGGCCCCUUUGGGAGGCCCGGGAUGCCUGGGCAGGGUGUGAGAGUGGGCUACACGUUGGUGAAGCACAGCCAGUCAGAACAGGUGCCCCUGUGCCCCGUCGGGAUGAACCAGCUGUGGGUGGGUUACAGCUUGCUGUUCGUGGAGGGGCAGGAGAAAGCCCACAACCAGGACCUGGGAUUUGCUGGCUCCUGCCUACCCCGCUUCAGCACCAUGCCCUUCAUCUACUGCAACAUCAACGAAGUGUGCCACUAUGCCAGGCGCAACGAUAAAUCCUACUGGCUCUCCACCACUGCCCCCAUCCCCAUGAUGCCCGUCGGCCAGACCCAGAUUCCCCAGUACAUCAGCCGCUGCUCUGUGUGCGAGGCGCCCUCACAAGCCAUUGCUGUGCACAGCCAGGACAUCACCAUCCCGCAGUGCCCCCUGGGCUGGCGCAGCCUCUGGAUCGGGUACUCCUUCCUCAUGCACACUGCUGCUGGUGCCGAGGGCGGGGGCCAGUCCUUGGUCUCACCUGGCUCCUGCCUGGAGGACUUCCGGGCCACUCCUUUCAUCGAGUGCAGUGGUGCCCGUGGCACCUGCCACUACUUUGCCAACAAGUACAGUUUCUGGCUGACGACAGUGGAGGAGAGGCAGCAGUUUGGGGAGGAGCCUGUGUCUGAAACGCUGAAAGCCGGGCAGCUCCACACCCGAGUCAGCCGCUGUCAGGUGUGUAUGAAAAGCCUGUAGGGCGGCACCUGCCACUCUGCUCCCUCCCCGCCCCUCCCCCUCACAACAGUCACCUCACAAACCGGAAUGGUCUGAA